GGUACGCGCGUACAGGUGGAUGUUCGGCGCGCGUCGCUCUUUCCCCGCCACUUUGCGUUUUGAACCAUUUUGAAAUCGUGCCGAUGCGGAGCGCGCGUGAAGCAAGACCGACGUUCAGCCUCGAGAUCAUCCUCCUCCCGCUUUUAGGCGAUGAGAAUCAACAGUAUGAAGAAAUUGAGCUCCCUCGUCAGGGGAUACCAACGGUAUUGCCACUCUUCACCAAGGGUAAUACAGGGACAUACAACGAAGAUCAUUGGAAGACGCGCGUCGAGCGUCGCUGUGGAGUCUGUGAAGAGUACUGUUCGAAUGUGGCGGCUGUUUGUACCAGCAGGAGUUGGAUUCUCAGCAGCUUUGGUGACUCAGUGGAGGUAUCUGCAUCAACAUGGGUAUCCCGUUGAUGUAGCCGACGACAAGCCGGAAUUGUUGAAUGAUUUUAUGGUAACAUGCUAUUGUUGCUUACCGCUGAGGAUAACCAGCAGGAUAGGAGGUUGGCUGACCAGCAUCAAUUUACCAGUCGGCUUGAGGCCAACAAUAUAUCGUGUUUUUGCCAAUAUGUUUAAUGUCAAUCAGGAUGAGAUAGAAUUAGACUUGUCAACAUUUCCAAGUCUGGUUGAGUUUUUUGUGAGGGCACUUAAAAACAAUGCCAGACCGAUUGCUCAAAAUACAAAUAUGACUGCGCCUGCAGAUGGUGAAGUUCUUUACUUUGGGCCAGUGACUUCUUGCCGUGUGGAACAAGUCAAAGGAGUAACUUAUGAUCUCAAGUAUUUUUUGGGUGACUUAUCCAGCCUUUCAGUGGACCAAAUGGUGCAUAAGACUGAGCAAAAGGACGAUUUUGUUAAUGCAUUAUUAAAGAAUCCAGACAAUAGGCUUUAUCAAUUGAUCGUUUACCUGGCACCUGGUGAUUAUCAUCGAUUUCACAGUCCAACUGAUUGGAAUAUAAAAUUCCGACGACAUUUCCCAGGGAAGUUAUUGAGUGUUAAUCCGACGGUGCUGAAGUACAUGCCGAAUCUGUUUUCAUUGAACGAACGUGUCGUGUACCUUGGAGAAUGGGCGGGCGGUUUCAUGGCGUAUGCAGCGAUCGGAGCAACGAAUGUGGGUUCGAUAAAAGUCUACCGCGAUCAAGAGUUAGCGACUAACAAGGUGCGAUGGACGGACACCGCGUACCGGAAGGACCUCAGCUUCGACAACGUGCGCAUGGCUAAAGGUGAACUGUUCGGCGAAUUCAGACUCGGUUCGACGAUCGUGCUCCUGUUUGAGGCACCGCCGGACUUCCAGUUCUGCCUGCAAACUGGCCAGCCCAUCAAAGUUGGUCAGGCGUUGAGUGUGUGUCCUGAUCGCGAGGCUGACGAUCAGAGACGGACUAAACAGCAUUUGAUCAUAGACGUUGCACACAAGUGGAAGGACAUAGGGAAGAUUGGAGCAUAGGGCAGAACGACCAGCGAUAGGAGCUCUACUUUCCUGUUUUAGUCUUAGUGAAAAGUCAAAGACGUACCUGUAUGUCGCACGCGAUCCCAUGCAAAUUCGAAUUGUAGGUAGAACAAAACGGACAGAUCUCUGAAUGUGCUGAAGACUAUUUUUUACGAGUAUGUAAGUAUCGAUCUUGUGCUAUUGUACUAUUGUAUAUAACCCUUCGUGCGCGGGAAAAUCAUCAUCGGCCUAUUUGAGAUUACAUGCAAAUAUAUCUCUACGAAGUCAUACCCGUUUGUUACUUCAAUCGCGCGAUAUCGAGUAUCACGCGAAAGAGACGAUGAUUUAUAAUGAGUUUGACACAGUUCAACGUGUACUUUUUACAGUGCAUCCAGCCCUCACACAGCGAGCGAACUUUUGUAACACAGGCGCGCGCGCACAUGUAUGUAAAGCUUUACAUAAUUACAAGAAGAGACGAAGGAAAGGAAAAAUAUGUGGGACCACUCAGUGCGUGAGAACGAUAUUUCCUCGACUUCUUGCGCGUCAUUACCAAUGGAGGUCGGAUCGUAAACUAUUUUUCUUAGGUGCACGUGGUAAAUCGAUCUCUCUAGUUAGUCGGCCGGUCAAGGCCGUCAGAUGCAACACUUUCCUCAAUUAAAGCUCUAGCCGCUUUUUCAAACCAGGAAAUAAUAGCCGCGUCGUAUAUCUUAAGACUCAUUGCGCACGAAAAGCCGUCGGCCGGAUUGACCCCGUUAGAGCGAGAGAGCGCCUUCAUGAUCUCUAUCGUUAAUAUUAACGGUAUCUCGGGACUCGCCGCACUUUCAACCCUAUUUGUCCCGACGUGUUCAGCGUUGAUGUGAUCACGCGAACGAAUAAGCGAAUUAAAUUGUGUGUGAUAUGAGUGCUCAAUCGAAUAGAUACAUAUUUUGUGACGCAAGCGCACGGGAUAAUAAAAGGCUCGAUUAAAAGUG